UUCAAUGCAGCCGAGUCCAGUUCUAGGCCCAGCUUUUGAGGCCCGGCGACCCGCCUUUUGGACACCGAAUAAACUUGGUCUAAAGCAAUCGCGGAUCAAGCGACUACUGUCGUGAAGCUAAUAUAGACCGGGUUUUAUCUCACCCUACUUCAUGUGUUUGAGUUUCGGUUCUGCUGAUAAAUAUUAUCUUAUUCACAGUGAAAGAUUGCGAGCAGAAGUAAUUGCAGAGAGGGCCUGAACCUCUCCCUGCCUAAUUAUCUCUCAAUCGAGCUGCUUCAGGACUCCGAGUUUCAUUGCUUUGCACAAUGCUACAUGGAUAAGUUUUUUUAUAUAGGCUUUCCAGUUGAAAUCUUUAAAUUGGGUUGAUAAAAUGUCAUCUGGGUUGUUUUCAAACAUUAAUGUUGCAUCUGGUCUCGGCUUCCGGAAGGUUCUGAGAGUUAAUCAAUCUCAACAUCUCCAUUUGAUACAAUCACUUUCACCCAGAAACAGUUUUAGUGCUUUUGUAUCUGGCCCUACUGUUCAAGCGUUAAAUUAUUCGAGCAAACUAAGAAAUAAAAAUAUCAUGGCUGCUCCUGGUGCAGUAGUUGCUUCGGGUGGUGGUAAUUUAUCGGAUUUUGUGAAACUCGGUGGUGUUUGGUUUGGCAAUAAGGGUCCUAAGAUGUUUGGGAGAGUUAGAGUGAGCUUGAGAGGUGUACAGAGUGAAAAACGGCAUGCUUUUGUUCGAUGUAAUAUGUUUGAUUUUGAGCCCAGAUGUCCCAUCUCUGGUUCUCUGUUUUCUAGUGGGAUGAGUAAAGGCCUGACUUUCUCAUCUUCGUGUUACACUGAUGGGCUUAUGCCUGAAGUGUCGAGUGACGGAGCUUUGAGUGCGGAGCAGCUAUCAAGUCUCGCACUUUCAGUGGAGGAGACGAGGCUGGAUGAUAGAAGUUUGAAGCUGCUAUCUGGGGCAUGUUACAUGCCCCAUCCAGAUAAAGAAAAAACAGGAGGAGAGGAUGCUCAUUUUAUAUGUGGCGACGAGCAAGUAAUUGGGGUUGCCGAUGGAGUUGGUGGUUGGGCUGAAGUUGGUGUUAACUCGGGGGAUUAUGCUCGCCAGCUCAUGUCUAAUUCGGUUGAAGCCAUUAGAAAGGUGCCAGGUGGCGAUGUUGACCCCCUGCGUGUCUUGGAAGAGGCUCAUGCGACUACUAAUUUGAUGGGUUCUUCAACAGCCUGCAUUAUUGCCUUGAAAAAACAGGAUCUUCAUGCCAUCAACCUCGGAGAUAGUGGGUUUAUUGUAAUCAGAGACGGACAAACAGUAUUUGAAUCGCCUGUACAAGUGCAUGGUUUCAAUUGCCCUUAUCAACUUGAUCGAGGCAAGAGUGGUGAUCUGCCAAGUUCUGGACAGGUUUUUAAGGUUCCAGUUGAAGCUGGAGAUGUGAUUGUUGCUGGUAGUGAUGGGUUGUUCGACAAUGUGUAUAGUAAAGAGAUAGCAAGUAUUGUGGCUGAUGCCAUGAAAGAAGGUAUGAGCCCUGAAGCCACAGCCCGAAAGAUUGCUGAAUUUGCACGUGUGCAGGCUCUGAACAGGAUAUGUCGGACUCCUUUUUCUGUUGCUGCUGAAAAGGCCGGGUACAUGUACUUUGGCGGUAAACUUGAUGACUUGACUGUUGUCGUCUCAUAUGUUUCUGGCUAUUCAACAUACUGAUUUUUUAUUUUAUUUUAUUUUUUGGGUAGCUUUAAAAAUUGUUUUACUCUGGGUAGCUUUACCUUUGAAUUGUAUGUCUGGCGAAUGUCUUUGAUUAGCGAUUUCAUAACUUAUCAUCUCUUUUACAUUUUUUGGAAUCUACAUUAUAUUUAUCACAUAUUAGAUGUUCUUCGAGAUGUCACA